AUGACUCCUCGACCUGUACCACACGAACCCCUUGUCACAACUGCUGAAGGAUAUGUUGCUCCUUUGGCCAUGGGAAUUGACUUUGAAAUCCCAUCUCCUGCUGCAGUUCUCGACUCAUCGUUGGAACAAGUGGUUGUCCUGGUGGACCCAAUGUCUACCGGUGUCAUUCUUCAAGACAAGGUCUUUGAGGCUGGCAUCUACAACGUUGUCAUUGUCUGGAGCGACCGAUCGCAGCUCGUUGCUCGUGAAAAGCAUUUCAAGAACUCUGGCCGAUCUCGCGAAGACUUUGCCGCCGUCAUCACACACGAAGAUGGAGAGCUUGAGAACACUCUUCUUUCCAUCUUGGCCGCUACUACCAACAUGACUAUCGCUGCAGUCAUGUGCGGCAGCGAGUUUGGUGUUCUUUUGGAAGAUCAAAUUGCCAAUGGCCUCAACCAAAAGUUGGGCACUACUCACCUUCGCGGAAGUGGAAUUCCCGUUCUCAGCACCAAGGUUGACAAGCACUUGCAAGCUAACACUAUCCGUUCCAAUGGACUCGACGCUGUCCGAGAAAAGCUUGCCAAAUGCGAAGACGAUGUCAAGGCUUUUCUAGAGGAGAACAACGAGCCAGGAACAUCCUUUGUUGUCAAGCCACAAACAGGUGCUGGAUCUGUUGGAGUCACCUUUUGCGACUCACCCAAGGCCGUCUGGGAAGCCUAUUACAAGAUUCUUGCAGGAGAACACAAGGCUCAUUGUCGAAACAAGUACCGCCACUACGAACAAGCUGGCGUCCUGUUGCAAGAAUACUUGAAGGGAACUGAAUACAUUGUCAACUCGGUGGUUAACAACGGAAAGAUCAAGACCACCGCCAUGUGGAAGUACGACAAGCGUCCCUACAAUGGCGCCGCCUUUGUUUGCUUCAGCAAGGAGCUCCAAGUCAUUUCCGACCCCAACUGCGAAGAAAUCCUCGAAUACACCGAAGAGGUUCUCAAGGCUGUCGGGUUUGAGAGUGGAGCCAUUCACGCCGAAGUCAUGUACACUGCUCGAGGACCUGUUUUGGUCGAACUCAACUGCCGCUUGCACGGUGGAAACGGUGCUUGGGUACGACCAGCUGAAAUCUGCAUGGGAUACGACCAAUUGACCAUGUUGGUGGAUUGCUACCUCAACGGAGGAAAGGUCUUUGACAACAUUCCAUCCCGACCAAUCACUGCCAACAGCUACUGCCAGCAAGUCAAGAUGCGUUCUCACAUUGAGGGAGUCUUGAAGACUGUGAUUCCUUCUCAAUUCGAAAGAAUCGAGGCAUUGCCAUCUUACUACAGCCACCUGUUUGGAGUAUCCGAAGGUGAUCGUCUCUUGAAGACGGUUGACAUGCCUUCUGUUCCAGGAGAGGUGACUCUUGUACACAAUGACAAGGAUCAACUUGCCGUUGACUACGAGAAGCUGAACGAGAUUUUGGCAGAAGGCAUCUUUGAAGUGGAAGCCUAA